AUGGCUGAGGCGUCCCGGUGGCACCUAGGCGGAACUCCAAAACAUAAGCUGCAUUACAGAAAGGAAGUAGAAAUGAGAACCACACUUCAGGAGUUCUUACUCUACCUUAUUUUUUUAAUAAACUUAUGUAUAUUGACUUUGGGGAUGGUAAACCCACAUAGGUAUUACUUAAACAAAGUUAUGUCAUCUCUAUUUUUGGACACAUCUGUGCAUGGUGAAGAAAGAACCAACUUUAAGUCUAUUCGCAGCAUAACUGACUUUUGGAAGUUUAUGGAAGGACCCCUUUUGGAAGGCCUGUACUGGGACUCAUGGUACAAUAACAAGAAUUUGUAUGACUUAAAGAACAGCAGUCGCAUCUACUAUGAGAACAUACUUUUAGGAGUCCCCAGAGUCCGUCAACUAAAAGUCCACAACAACACGUGCAAGGUCCAUUCAUCCUUUCAGUCCUUGAUGAAUGAAUGUUAUGACAAAUACACUUCUGAAAAUGAAGAUCUGUCUGAUUUUGGCCUUAAAUCUGAUACUGAAUGGAAGUACUCUGCUCCUAUUAUCAACUCCCCUUGGCAUAGGGGAUUUACUGGUGUUUACCGAAAUGGGGGAUAUAUUUUCACUUUAUCAAAAUCAAAAUCUGAAACCCUAAACAAGUUCAUUAAUCUUCGAAUGAACAGCUGGAUCACAAGAAGCACUAGAGUUAUUUUUAUUGAUUUUUCAUUAUACAAUGCUAAUGUAAAUCUGUUUUGCAUCAUCAGAUUGGUGGCAGAAUUCCCUGCAACUGGAGGAAUAUUUACUUCAUGGCAGUUUUACUCUGUGAAGCUCCUUAGAUAUGUUAGCUACUAUGAUUAUUUUAUUGCUUCCUGUGAAAUCACAUUUUGUAUUUUUCUUAUUGUCUUCACAACACAAGAAGCCCUAAAAAUAAAAGAAUUUAAAUCUGCCUAUUUCAAAAGUAGUUGGAACUGGCUAGAAUUACUAUUUUUGGUGUUGUGUUUUGUGGCCGUUUUCUUCAACUCAUACUGUAAUAUACAAAUUUUUCUCUUGCUUGGACAACUGUUAAAAAGUACUGAAAAAUAUUCAGACUUCUAUUUUCUUGCAUACUGGCACAUUUAUUACAACAAUAUAAUUGCCAUAACCAUCUUCUUUGCAUGGAUAAAGAUAUUCAAAUUCAUAAGCUUUAAUAAGACAAUGUCUCAGCUGUCAUCAACCUUGUCCCGCUGUAUCAAAGACAUAGUAGGAUUUGCCAUCAUGCUUUUUAUAAUAUUCUUUGCUUAUGCUCAGUUAGGAUUUCUUGUUUUUGGAUCACAAGUUGACGACUUUUCCACUUUUCAAAAUUCCAUAUUCACACAGUUUCGUAUUGUUCUUGGAGAUUUAAAUUUUGCUGGUAUUCAGCAAGCCAGUCGUAUCUUGGGACCCAUUUACUUCAUCACUUUUAUCUUUUUCGUGUUCUUUGUCCUGCUGAACAUGUUCUUGGCAAUAAUUAAUGAUACCUAUUCUGAAGUGAAAGCUGACUAUUCAAUAGGCAGAAGGCCAGAUUUUGAACUUGGUAAAAUGAUUAAAAAGAGUUACCACAGUGCUCUCGAAAAACUCAAACUAAAGAAACCUGAAACAGAUGAAGACAAGAAAAGUAGGAAAAGCAGUGAUUUGGCUGAACAAGCCAGAAGAGAAGGCUUUGAUGAAAAAGAGAUUCAAAGUGCAGAGCAGAUGAGAAAAUGGAAAGAGAGGCUUGAGAAAGAGUAUUAUUCUACAGAAAUUCAAGAUGACUACCAACCUGUCACUCAACAAGAAUUUCGAGAUGGCACCACCAGCAAGUACAAAAUGAGACUCUGUGAGUGCCUGACAAAAUGA